AUGAUAAAAAAGCUUUUUGGUAUUCCAAAAUGGAAAUUCAUAGCUGGAGCUUCAUUUGCACUAAUUGGUCAACAUAUAUAUGAUUGUUUAUAUAAUACAGAAAUUGAAGUCUUCUAUUAGAACACGGCUAAUAAUAAGGAUAUACUUUCAAAAUGCCCAAAUAUUACAGUAAUGAAAAAUAAAAAAGAUAGGGACAUUUUAAUCCAAGCAUUUGGAGUAUGAAUAAUAUCUUUGGUUUAUUCUACGUAACGUUAGUCGAACAUCAAAUGGUACCCUUACAAAAACGAGAAAUUGUGACUUUGAAAGAUGGAGGUCAAGUAGCAUUGGAUUGGAAAAUCAAUGAUCCAAAGAAUAUUGUGUUAGUCUUACAUGGAUUGACAGGUGGGGGGGAUUGCAAUUAUAUAAAAGAUACAUUAGAAAGACUCUAUGAUGCUGGUUAUACUGCUGUAUGUUUUAAUAAUAGAGGAGUCGGAUUUACAAAAUUAUCUGUAUUAUUUAAACUAAUAAGACACCUUAAUACCAUAAUCAUGGAGAUCCAUCUGAUUUGAUGGAAAUUAUUGAUUUAAUAAAGCAAAGGUAUCCUGAAGCAACAUUAUAGUGUGUGGCCAUUUCAAUAGGGGCAAAUUUGGCAGCCAAAUAUGCAGGUAUCAUGAAAGAGAAAUGUGCAUUCAAAUCUAUUGUUUGUAUAGCCAAUCCAUUUGAUUUAUUGGUGUAUUCUAUUUUCUAUUUAUUUAGGCUUGUUUUGAAAAUUUGGAUAGAUGGUACAAUUAUUUAUAUAUCUACUAUCUCACUAAACAUUUCAAGUGGUUGUUGAAUAAACAUUUAGAUGUAAUGAAUGCAUGCUUUGAUGAACAUAAUAUUGAUAUUAAAAAAGUAUUUGAUGCAAAAACCAUUUAUGAAUUUGAUCAUUAUUUUACAAGACAUUUGUAAAAAUAUGAAUCAGUUGAAUAGAUGUAUAGGGUAACGCUCUUUUAUAAAUUAAGGCAAAUUCUUCAAUAUAAUAUAUUAAAGAUAUUACAGUUCCCACUUUAUUUGUUAAUACUAAAAAUGAUCCAUUAAUACCAUGGAAAUUUGCCCCCAUUCAAUUACAUAGACAUAUGCCAAAUUUAAUAUUUGCCUUAACUUAAAAAGGUGGUCAUAUUGAAUGGUUUAGUGAAACUAACUUAGUUACUGUUAAGAGAGUAAGGAUAUUAUUAUUUAUUAAUAGUGGAUUAUGGAUCCAACUUUAGACUACUUAAAUUAUUUCAGGGACCUACCAAAUGAUAAAUGGUAACAAUAUAUAAAAUAAUCAAAAAUUUGA